AUGCCUCCAAGAAAGAAGACCAGAAGCAACAACAUAACUUCCCAGGAUGGGCCAAGCCAUGCUGACUCAGAGUCAAGGCAACAUGCCUCUUCUAGAGAAGAAGAACGUGCAAGUGAGGGAACUUUUACCCUCACAGAUCUUGUUGCAGCCAUUCGUGCUAUGGGUGAGACCCAGAGGGAGAUGGCAGAGAUGAUAAAAGAACUCAAAAAUUUGGCUCCAAAGCCAAGUGAAGUGAAUGAGAAGCACCCACAGAAGGAAUCUGCUGCUGCCGGAAAGGAGUCUGAGCAGAAGGGACCAUCUUUUGUCACUCAGGAGGACGUUGUUGCCAUGCUGGAAAAGGAGCUGAGCCGAAGUCAGGAAGAUUGGAAGUAUCUUCCUCAGCCGCCGUAUCCGUCAAGCUUACUCCAGCAGCCAUAUCCUAAAGGCUAUGAAGCACUGACCUUUGUCCUCUUUGAUGGACGAAAGGGGAGCCCGAAGGAGCAUGUCAAUCGCUUCAUCGAUGCCUUGGGACCAUACGCUGGUGAUCAUAAUCUUCGACUUAGAGAAUUUUCAAAGAGUCUCACCGAUCGUGCUUACACAUGGUAUACAACGUUCUGUAAGAAGUAUUUUCAGCAUGAAGAACGAGUCACCACCACUCAACUCAACAACACUCGCCAAAAGCAUGGUGAGGAUCCCGUGGACUUUGUACGCAGGUUCCGGGACCUGGCAUUGGAUUGCUAUGAUGAGAAAGACAAUGAGGCGCUUGUUGAAAUUUGCAUCAGCAAUAUCGUGGCAGAUUAUAGAGUGUAUUUGGAGAAUAUUGGCAUUAGUCAAUUUUCUCGGCUGCUGGAAGCUGUGAGGAAGACGAGCAUGUCCGUCAAGCCACCAGGACAAAGGACUUGGAGGAAUGAGAAGAAGGAAGCGCAUCAGACAUUAGCAAUAGAUGACAAGCCAUCCAACGACUACAAUUCACGCAAACGAAAGGAUAGAGAGACGUAUCCACCACUACCAUGCAAAGAUGAAGAAUUUCAUGCUAUCCUUGACACAAUGAUUGCUGAUGGCGUAAUCAAACCUGUCAGACCCUACAAGGUUCCUACUCGAGAGGAAAAGAAUGAUCCUAGGUACUGCCGUUAUCAUCAAUUUGUGGGGCAUCCAACCACUGCCUGUCAGAGUCUGAGGAGGAUUUUACACGCCAAAAUACAUGAGGGAGUCCUUGAACUUCCCUUUAGGAAGCAAACGAUUGAUGAAGACCCCUUGCCAAAACGAAGGGGAAAGGAGGUAGCCGCUGUCAUUACAUGUUCUGAUGAUUUGCUUGAUGAUGAUGAAUUGUGCCACCCUUGGAGGAAUGACCCAAAGCCGCCGGAAGCCAUAUGGGAACCUUGCGGAAACAUGGAAAAGGCAUAUUGGUGUAAAUAUUCGAGGCCUUCAAGUUACAACACACCAUGGCCACUCGCUGAUGGAUGGGGGUGA